UAACCGGCAGCGUUGGGUAACCUGCGGCUGGGGUGGGGAUUGAGUGGUGAAUUGAUGCGAUCCCCUAUUGACAGGGGUUGUUAAGCCGGAGUGAGUCGGGAACUGUGGAGACUGGGGUUGCUAAGCCGGAUCAUGGCCUGUUUUGAAGAAAUAGGGAAGAUGUCCUCUCAGCAUCCGAAACCUGUCGGUCUGGUUCUUGAGUAUGGUACUGCAGGAUUCAGAGCAAAGGCAGAACAACUCGAUCAUGUGAUGUACCGCAUGGGCCUUCUGGCGGCACUGAGGUCAAAGAAAACUACACUCACCAUUGGAGUAAUGGUCACAGCCUCCCAUAAUCCAGAGGAAGACAAUGGGGUGAAAUUGGUUGAUCCACUAGGAGAGAUGCUUGCAUCAGCGUGGGAAGCCCAUGCCACUCAGUUAGCAAAUGCAGAAGACCAGGAUCUAAAAUCUGUUUUAACCAAUAUUGUUGAGAAGGAAUCUAUAAAUCUGCAGGAAGAGGCUCGGAUAUUUCUUGGCAGAGACACACGACCCAGUAGCCUAAAGCUUUCCCAGGCUGUUAUUGAUGGUGUGUGUGUCUUAGGAGGAACUUACCAAGACUAUGGUCUUGUCAGCACACCUCAGCUGCACUAUAUGGUUUGUUGCGGGAAUACCAUGGAGCAGUAUGGAAUUGCAACAGUUGAAGGAUAUUACCAGAAACUUUCUCGUGCAUUUAUUGCCUUGAUGAAGCAGGUAAACUGUCAUCCAGAAGAAAUGAGAACGUUGAAUGUAGAUGGGGCAAAUGGUAUAGGUUCACUGAAACUCAAGGAGUUAGAGCCUUACCUUGAGGAAAAACUGAAAAUAAAGUUAUGUAAUGAUGGGACAACCGGUAAACUCAACCACCUCUGUGGAGCCGAUUUUGUAAAAGUUCAACAAAAGCCACCUCAAGGCUUGGAUAUGAAGGCAAACGAACGCUGUUGCUCAUUUGAUGGUGAUGCAGACAGAAUUGUAUACUACUAUACUGAUGAAUCCAAUCAUUUCCACCUUCUCGAUGGUGAUAAGAUUGCAACGUUAAUUACUACAUUUUUAAAAGAGCUUCUUGCCAAGGCAGAUUUAGACCUUCAGAUAGCAGUGGUACAGACUGCCUAUGCAAAUGGGAGCUCAACGAGAUACAUUGAAGAAGUUAUGAAGGUUCCUGUACACUGUGUGAAUACAGGUGUGAAAUUUUUGCAUCAUAAAGCACAGGAAUUUGACAUUGGUGUUUACUUUGAAGCAAAUGGCCACGGCACUGUCCUCUUCAGUAAGACAGCUGAGAACAAAAUCAGACAGAUGGCCCAAGAGAAAAGCCAAAACAAUGCAGCUAAAAUGCUUGAAAAUACCAUGGACCUAAUUAACCAGACAGUUGGUGAUGCCAUAUCAGACCUGUUGAUAAUAGAGGCCAUCCUGUCCAUCAAAGGUUUAACGAUUCUGCAGUGGGAUUGCAUUUAUACUGACCUUCCUAACAGACAAUUGAAAGUAAAGGUAUUGGAUCGACAAAUGAUUACCACCGUGGAUGCUGGAAGAAGAGCAUUGUCGCCUCCAGGGCUGCAGCAAAACAUCAAUGCUCUGAUGAAAUGCAAUCUGUCGCGAGCCUUUGUGCGGCCAUCAGGUACAGAGGACGUGGUCAGAGUAUAUGCUGAAGCUGAUACUCAGGCAAAUGCAGACACUUUGGCGUAUGAAGUGAGCCUCUUGGUGUACAAAAUGGCUGGAGGAGUGGGAGAGGAACCCAAAUUGCCGCAUUAAGAGAAAGCUAUGAAGUGGUUUUGUAUUGCACGGUCCAGUGCAACUCUAUAUUAACACUACAUCUAGGUACUGGUGGUGGUUCAUAAGAAUUCCUGAUACCUUUCAAAACUAAAUUUGCAGAUUCUGUUUAUUACAGAAUAAUAUUAGAGCUCUCAUUUAAAAAAAAAAUCCUAAUUACAAAUGUCUGGAUGUAAAAAUACAGCAAGGGAAUAAGUCUAAAAUUCACCAAGCUUCUACUUAGAGUGUACUUACAUUCUCCAAACCGGUAGCUUAAGGAUUGAGGGAAGUCAGAAUGAAAUGUGAAUAGCUACUUGAUGCUCACAAGAUAAUAUUUAAAGUUUUCUUUUAAUUAGGUGGAAGAAAGUUAUAAAAUUUGGUUUACUAUUGUAGGGAUACUAUGGCUCUCAGUGAAAGAACACACUUGUAUACCAUAUGUACAUUUUCUGAAUUCAGAAAUCACAUUAGAUUUAUUUUGAUAGUUAAACGUGUGUGUAUAUGUAGUAAAAUUGCCAUAAGGAAGGUGUUGGUGGGCAGAAGCACAAACUAAAAAUAAUUUAGUAUAUUGCAAACUAGUUACCAUGUAAACUAUUUCUGCCUUAUUUUUACUCCCUCGCUCUCAAAUGAAUGGGUUAUUAAAAAUGGACUAAAGCUGUAAGUUGGGUACUAGUUUACCUUAAUUAUAGCGUGCCUUUUCUGAAAAUAAUUGCUCUCGUUUCUGCCUCUAAAUAUUUAUUUUCUAACAAGUAGACAAACCAUUUGCAAGCUCAGAAUGAUUGCAAAGCAACUUAACAGUUAGCUAGAUGCUGGUACAAUUCAGGGUGUCAGAGUUAGGAUUUCAGUUCAAAUGUCCUUCCUGUGGAAUGAGUGGUUUUCUCCAGAUCCUCCAGUCUCCACCGACAGUCCAAAGCAGUCAUUAUAAAUUGUCCCGUGAUUAGUUUAAGGUGUUUAAUUGAGGGUUGCUGGGUAGUGUGGCUCAAAGGACCGGAAAGCCCUAUUCCACACGGUAUCGCUAAAUAAAAUAAACUUGAUGUUGCUAGAGUUCUUUAAUAAAUGUAAUCAUGCUGUGAUUAAAGUAAUUUUCCUGCCCCAUGGGAAUUUUUUUGCUCAGUUAUCAUGAAAGCUUUUGAUUUCCUUAGAUCUUGUUAUUCUAAACCUCACAAAAUCAAAACAGCUUUUGGAGUAAAUCACCAUGGAACUCAACAUUUUUUAAUAAUGUGGUUUAACUGAAUAAAGCCAUCACUUUUCCAUGGUGGCUCUCAGUUGCUGGUGUUCAUUUAGUGAAAGAUUACAAAUGAAGAUUUUAUAGUUCCUCAUCAAGCUGCUGUAAUAAAGAUUAAGUGUAAUUCUGUCUUAUUAUGUUGUUUGUAAUGAAGUUGUGUGUUCUGCAAAAAAUAAAUGUUAAUAAUUUU